AUGUCGCUAAACCAGAAUCCGUUCUCGGACCCGUUCGCCGACCCUUCUGUGCGUGCAGCGGCCACAUCGGGCGCCUCUACUAACAUCAACGAAGAUUUCAACCCGUUCGCCCAGCGUGCCCAGCCACCGCAACCAAGUGCGGCACCGCAGGCCUCGGCUGGAGCUUCCGUACAUGGCGAUGAGAUUUUUCGUCGUCAGGAGGAGCUGGAGCGCAAGGCACAAGAGCUGCGGAAAAAAGAAGAAGAGAUGGAACGUCGGCAACGGGAAGGUGCCCAGCGUGGCAAUGGGGCAACCGGACCGGCACCAGCCAAUGGUGCCCGACCACACAACUGGCCACCUCUCCCCACCAUCAUCCCCAUUGAGCCUUGCUUUUACCAGGACAUUGAAGUCGAGAUCCCGGUGCAGUUCCAGAAGACUGUCACGCUCGUUUACUACGUUUUCCUAAUCUACGUGCUCGCCCUCUUCGUCAAUGUGGUGACAUCGCUAUUCUACGUUCUGUUUGCGAAGGGCACCAUCGGCACGCUCUUCUUGGCCAUUAUUCAGCUGGUGCUCUUUUCGCCAUGUGCAUUCCUCUUCUGGUUCCGGCCCGUCUACAAGGCCUUCCGGAACGACUCCUCCUUCAACUUCAUGAUCUUCUUCUUUGUGCUAUUCUUCCAUUCCAUCUUCACACUGGUCCAAACGCUCGGCAUUUCGCAAUACGCAUGUGGAUGGGUCAUCGCCCUGGAGACGUUCAGCGUUUCCGUACCGGUUGCCUUACUGAUGUGCGUUUGCGCUGCGGCAUUUACUGUGGCACUUGGAGGGAUGGUUUUCUCGUUGCUGAAGGUUCAUCGACUCUACCGCGGGGCCGGCUUCUCAAUCGACAAGGCCCGCCAAGAGUUCACGAACGGCGUGAUGAGCGAUCGCAACGUCCAGGCGGCGGCUGGGGCAGCUGCGCGAGGAGCUGCUGGGGCCGCAUUCCAGCAGGCGUCACAGGGCCGUUUU